AUGAACUUCGAGACAUCUGCUGAAGAGAUGCGGCGCUUAGACGUUAAACUAAAUGAUUACGAGCAACUACAACUGUACGGCCUCUACAAACAAGCAAUUCAUGGAGACAUACCAUCUCCUAAUGACUACCCCCCACCACAAUUCAAUGAUAUAUGGAAUUUAAAUAAAUAUGACGCCUGGUUAAAAAAUAAAGGAAAAAAUAGAAAACAGUGUGAGGAAGAGUAUGUAGAAAUUGCUCAAACGAUGAUCAAAAAAUAUGGACGAAAAAUCGCACGUUGCAAAUGGAAUUGUGAAGUUUGGACUGCCGAUUAUUGA